AUGUGUGGCAUCUUUGCCUAUGCCUCCUACCUCGUCGAAAAGGAUCGUCGUUACAUCAUCGAUACCCUGCUCAACGGCCUCCAGAGGCUAGAGUAUCGUGGGUAUGACUCUGCUGGUAUCGAGCUCGAUGGCGACGAGCCAGGCCAAGUGUUCAUCUUCAAGCAGGUGGGCAAGGUCAAGUUGCUCCGGGCGCACACCGACCAAGCCACGAUCGAUUUCACCAAGUCCUUCCUCAUGCAAUCCUCCAUGGCCCAUACUCGUUGGGCCACCCACGGCCAACCAUCCUCGUUGAACUGCCAUCCCCAUCGAUCGGAUGCCAACAACGAGUUCACUGUCGUCCACAACGGGAUCAUAACCAACUACAAGGAACUCCGAUUGGUCCUCGAGAAGAGAGGCUACCAAUUCGAAACCGAGACCGAUACCGAGGUGGCCGCCAAGCUCUGUAAAUUCCUCUACGACAACAGCAAGGGUAAAAACUUGACCUUUACCGGCUUAAUCAAAAGCGUCAUCAAGGAAUUGGAAGGCGCAUUCGCAUUUGUCUUCAAAUCGGCUCAUUUCCCAGAUGAGAUCGUAGUGUGUCGAAGAGGCUCGCCAGUCUUGAUCGGGGUCAAGACUGAGAAGAAGCUCAAGGUGGACUUUGUGGAUGUGGAGGUAGCUGGGCCCAACGAGGGCGAGCUAGAGUCCUUAUCGUCCCCCACCGACGCGGCCUCACAAGCCAAGUCUGGCUUGCUUGCUCCGCCCACCGAAGGCGGCUUGAAGCCCGGAGGAGCCAAGUUGAUCCGAUCCCAAUCCCGGGCCUUCUUAUCCGACGAUGGCGUCCCCCAACCGAUCGAGUUCUUCAUCGCCUCCGAUGCCUCGGCGAUCGUCGAACACACCAAGCGUGUCUUGUAUUUAGAGGAUGACGAUAUUGCCCACAUUGCCGAGGGCGAAUUCCACAUCCACCGUCUCAGACGAAACGAUGGGGUCUCCUCCGUCAGAGCUAUCGAAACUCUCGAGAUGGAGCUCGCCGCGAUCAUGAAGGGUAACUUUGACCAUUUCAUGCAGAAGGAGAUCUACGAACAACCCGAGUCUGUCGUCAACACCAUGAGAGGUCGAGUUAACUUCGACACCGGAAGGAUCAACCUCGGAGGUUUGAAGGCCUACCUUCCUACCAUCCGACGAUGCAGGCGCAUCGUUUUCGUGGCUUGUGGAACCAGUUUCCACUCUUGCUUGGCGACACGUGCCAUCUUUGAGGAGCUGACAGAAAUCCCGGUUUCGAUCGAGUUGGCGUCCGAUUUCCUUGACAGACGAUGCCCAAUCUUCCGAGAUGACACGUGUAUCUUUGUCUCUCAAUCUGGGGAGACGGCGGACACGAUUCUAGCGAUGCGCUACUGUCUCGAGCGGGGCGCGUUGAAUGUGGGAGUGGUGAACGUGGUAGGCUCGACGAUUUCGCGCGAGACGCAUUGCGGGAUCCACAUCAACGCCGGGCCGGAGAUCGGAGUGGCGUCGACGAAGGCCUACACCUCCCAAUACAUCGCCUUGGUCAUGAUGGCCAUCCAGCUCUCCGAAGACCGCAUGUCGCUCACCGAGCGCCGAAACCAGAUCAUCGACGGCCUCCACGAAUUGCCCCGUCAGAUCAGAGAGAUCUUAACCCAAGAUAAGGAGAUCCAACAGUUGGCGGGCACGAUCAGCAAGGAACGAAGUUUGCUCAUCAUGGGCCGGGGCUACCAGCACGCCACGUGCUUGGAGGCCGCGCUCAAAGUCAAGGAGUUGACUUACAUGCAUUCCGAAGGUAUCUUGGCUGGAGAAUUGAAGCAUGGCCCGUUGGCUCUGAUUGACGAGAACAUGCCGGUGAUCCUGAUCAUGACCAAGGACUCUCUCUACCCGAAGGUCCAAUCGGCCCUUCAACAAGUCACCGCCCGCAAAGGCUCGCCGAUCGUGAUCGCUAACGAGGGCGACACCGGCUUGACCGCUGCCGACUCCACCCGGAUCUUGAGGGUGCCCCAAACGGUGGACUGUUUACAAGGCCUCUUGACUAUCAUUCCUAUGCAGUUGCUCAGCUACCACAUCGCUAUCUUGAGAGGCGUCGACGUCGACUUCCCCCGAAACUUGGCCAAGAGUGUCACGGUCGAAUAA